AUGCAAGAAAUGAAUCAGUUUACUCAUGAAAAUUUCCCAUCCUUCCCGGCCUACUCAGUCUCGAUGCAAAACAGCUUCCCUGAAACGCCGUUCAGCAGAUCAUACACAGCCAGUCUGCCAUACUACCACACAUCUCUAACAGUCCUCAACGAACAAACCCUCAAUCCUACGUGCAUCAGCAGUAACUCAGCCACUUCUGAUGAAGCAGAGGAUCACCAAAUCAAGAUCAUCGAUGAAAGAAGACAAAGGAGAAUGAUAUCAAACAGGGAAUCUGCUAGACGAUCAAGGAUGCGUAAACAGAGGCAUCUAGAUGAGCUUUGGUCCAUGGUUCUUCGAUUAAGGACAGAGAACCAUAAUCUCUUGAACAAAGUGAAUGACUUAUCUGCAAGCCAUGACAGAGUUGUUCAAGAGAAUUCUAAGCUUAGGGCUGAGGCUUUGGAUCUUCACCAAAUGCUUAGGGAUCUACAAGCCCAUAGGUGUGAACAAGGUCCAGGCCCAAUUACAGUCCUCUAUCCUCCCCCACGCGAUAUGGUUGGACCGCUGCAGAAAUGCGGGCAGCAGCGUCAGGCGCCUGGAUUAGGUGUCCGCGUUCCCAAGAAGAUGAUGAGGAUGAUGACGACGAUAAGGCAUCCACAGAACGGCGUAUAUCAAUGGCUGCAGAGUACCCCUACCGAUGCGUAA